AUGAAGCUGAUAUUGCCUGUGUUUAUUAUUACUGCAAGUAUCUAUUUCCCGAUAUUUGCUCAGGAUGACGAGUGUACUAAAAUUAACAGCAAUCGAUGUGAUUAUAAAUCAAACGUUCGUAAAUUGUCCGAAUUAUUGUCGAAUAAGUUCAGUGAAAUUGUGGUCAAAGAACUUGGUAGUGAAUUUACGUCACAUCUAGAAGUUAGGACAGCUUAUAAAGUAAGUCGCUAUCAUACAACUGAUAGUAAUUCGUUAUCUACUAUAGUGGAGAAAUUGAAUUAUAAGAUAUCAUCUGCAAUAAAUAUCCUGUUAGAUAUGAAAAAUGCCAUGAACAGCAGUAAUACUCCGUCCUUUACACAUCCUUGCCCAUUUAAUUCUAUUGGAAAGUCUGUAUUUAUAAAGAGUUCUAGUGUGUUUAAUGAUAUUACUUCAAUUGACAUAAAACCUAAUAUGUUAGGCAGAUUUAAAGACUUAAAGGUCAAAAGAUCAUAUUUUCUUUCUCAUAUGGAUUAUGCUACAGACAAAAAUUGUGCUGCUAUGCCUCAUUCAAACUUAAGGUAUUUAUAUCAUAAGGUUGUACACCCAGACCCAAAAUUGAUUCUUUUCAUUAUUGAUAAUAAUAUGAAAAUAGAAGCUUUACAACAUGCUGUAAAUAUUGCAAAGGAAAUAGCUUAUGCAUUGCAAAGCAGUGAUCUGUUUGCUUUAAAGAUUACAAAUAUGACAAAUUUUAUGAAAUUUGAAGAUUCUUGCAGCAGGGAUGGUGUCUCAAAUCUUGGAAAUGCUACAGACAAUAAUAAAUUAUUAUUUCGGGAAUAUCUUUCUUCGAUAGAUGUGGCUUCUGAUAGUUUAUCACCAGAGACCAUCCAUAUAGAAAUCAAAAACCUGUUUAAUGAGAAACUGGUACCAAGAAAUAAAUUAUUGAUCUAUUUAACUGAUAUUAAAGUAUUAAACAAUAAUGUGUGGCUUAAAAUGUUUCCACAUAUAGAAAUGGAGGAUACCAUGAAACUUACCAUUGGUUGUAUAAUUGAAGGUGAAAAUACAAGAAAUUGGUCAAUAGAAGUCUUACACAUAACGAAACAGCAUAACAAUUCCCACAACCACUCUAUGAUGAAACUGCAUCUCAAUAGUAGUGGAGUAUUAGGUCAAAUAGCAUCUGCUUUUAUUUCUUUAUUGCCAAAUAAAUAUGAAAACAAAUUAUUAGCAGAGGGUCCAGUUUGGGAAGCUACUGAAAGAGAUUUCAUGGUGUCUCUAGUAUAUCCGAUGCCAAACGGAAUUAUUGGAUUGGACCUGUAUUGGUCAGAUUUAGCGGAAGAUGUAAUUUAUUUUAAAGGUAUGAAUCAUAAAAAGCGAGCUUUUGUUAUGGAUUUCUCGGGUAAGAUUCUUAUGCAUACAUAUUUUCCUAGACCUGAGUCUGCUAUUGAUAAAAUUAAAUUUACAACACUGGAAGCGGUCGAAAACAUUUACAACAUUCACAUAAUCAAAGAAAAGUUUUUCAAAAUGCCUUCUGGUAAUUUUACAAUUAAUAAUCAGAAUACUUCUGAAACAAUAACUUAUUCUUGGAAAUGGGUGCAAGAACUGUACAUUGUUUGUAUUGUAUCAGAAAUUUCAAAUAGCAGUGUGUUGAAUAAAACCAAUAUAUUUUUUACUAGAAACAGUAAAGAGCUACUCUUUCAUAGGUUAGAUUUAUUUCCUCCUAAAAGUGGUAAAAUCUGUCGUCAUUUUAAACAAAUAGCUACUAUUGAUCAAGGUACUGUGUACUUAAGUCCAUCCAGCUUUCAAUCUCCUUUUACCUAUUUAUAUGAUAUGGGUGAUGGUCAAGAGGCAGUGUCAUAUAUGCAAAAUUAUUUAGCUUAUCUAAAGAGUGUUGCUCAUGGAUUACUUUCUAACCCUGGGUUAAAAAAUGAAAUACAACAAGAUGUUGGAUUUUUGAAUUCUAUAUUAUCUUUUUAUAAGCGACAGCAUUUACAUGGACCAUUCUCAAAGUAUAUUGUUAGGAGGUAUGCAGUUACAGAAAAUGGUGUGUUAGUAAUGUUUCCUGGUACAGUCUUAGAAUAUGAUUAUGAGCCAGUUCGAAGGCCAUGGUAUACUUAUGCUAUAGAAAAUCCUGGCAAAAUUAUUUUAACUCCACCAAAUUUAGAUGUAGGAGGGGCAGGAUAUGUAGUUACCAUAUCAUAUGCAGUUCAAAGUCCUAUUUAUCCAUCUAUGGUUGUUUCUAUGGAUGUGACAAUGGGAUUUCUAUACAAACUAAUAAUUGAUAGUUUGCCUCUUUGUGCCAUGCCUUAUGUUAAGUGCUAUAUAAUGAAUAAUCGCGGUUAUCUGGUAUCGCAUCCUGGAUUAAUGGACCCUAACAGCUCAGGUCCCAUUGAACAACAACACAUCACACAUAAAGAGUCUAUGAUUGCCAUCGACAUGCUUAACCAUAAAGGCUUCGUCACUAAAAGGUUAUGCAGUAAUUUCUAUGACAAAACUAUACAAAGAUUUUAUGACUUUAAUACAUCCUUACCAAAUGUUCUUUCUAAUGUUGUUUCUGGAGAUCAUUGCGUUCAUUAUUAUAUCGCGUCCAUUCCUGGCACAAACGCUUUUAUAGGUCUCGUAAAUGCUUCGUGUAGCGUGGGGGCUUUCUGUCCAUGUAGCAUGGUCGAUCGUCUGUGUUUAAAUUGCAAUCGAAUGGAGCAAAAUGAAUGUGAAUGCCCCUGUGAAUGUAGUUCCGAAUUAUACGAAUGCCCUAGUACGAACACUUCUAAAUCUAAACAAAAUAUUCCUCUUUGUGGUAUGACGCCAGAAAAUAAUAAUCAUAAAUCUCAUUACUUUCACAACUUUGCUGAAAACUUGAAGUCCUGUUUCGAUUUCCAAUGUGAGACUUACGUCACACAUUCGUCUUGUUUGGGAGUGUUGGGUUGUGAGUGGUGUCAAAUAGAUGCCGAUGGCCGAACACCUCUUUCGACACCUUUCUGUACUUCUCAAUCGACAUGUUUUAAUGGCGUUCUCGGUGCCGUAACUCCAUAUGGCGAAGGUACCUUUGGGCAUGUAAAUAGGGAUGCUUUUGCAAGCUAUUCAGCAAUAGGCCCAAUAGCUGGGUGCAUAGUUACAAUAAGCUUAAUCAUAGCAGUUGCAAUAUAUUGCUAUAGACAGAACACUACAACAGAUAGCUGCCACAAUUUAUAUGUGGAUGGUCCCGCUGAGACCUGGCACGACGCUGAUGUUCAAAUGAGUCAUUUGCCAUCCGAUGAUAUGCCCGACAUGUCAGGGCAGGAUAAGUUAUUACCACCUAUGGAGAUUGAAGCUCCUAUUUCUCCUUAUCGAGUAGUAACGGGAUAUAGGCGUUCUCACACCGCCAAUGGUUCUGACCAUGGCUAUUCUACUAUGACACCACACGAAGAUUCCGAAGCGACGGGUUUCUCAGUAAAUGAUCCCAUCAUUCUUUCGGAUGACACCAAAUCUGAUGCAAGUUUUCCUGCCCCUAGUAAAAAACCUAAAUUAAAACCUGCCGAAUUCACCAUGACUGUUCUUCCAUGUGGCAAAAAUAGUGUCAUAGCUCCUGUCACUGUUCAUAGACAUAUGGAAGCAUCC